UCGUCGCGUGCGCGCUGUCGGCGCAAGAUGUGGGUGCGCAGAAGACGAAUGUGGGUCCUAAGGGGUGACCGCAGGCCUAGCGCGCGCCAGCAGCCCGCUGCUCUCCGAGGGUCAUCUCUGCCCCGACAGCUCGAACUCGGCCCCGCGAAGCUCGCAGCAGCCGCCGAGACGGAUUCAAACGUCAUUUGUCGACAGCAUUGAGCCAGCCAAUUGAGCGCUGCCGUCGCGCAUCCGUGCUGUGGGAUAGCAGUCAUGGCGGACGACCACGACGCCUUGAUGCACGCCCUCGAGGCGCCGGACCCGCCAGCAAAAGGACGGCCGAUCCGCGACGCCCUCGCGCCGCUCGCCUUUUCGCCGAGGCGCGUCAUCGAGGCGCUGCACGACGCGGCAAAGACGUGCGGCGCUUUGCACGACGCGCGGAAGGAACUGCGGCGACGAUUGCUGGCCCUGCUUUUCGACGGCGAGCCGCUGCGGGUGCGCGCGACGGGCGCGGACUUGCAUUGGGACGACGAGGACCAAAGCGACAAGGUCCGCGCCGCAGCUACAUUUGAUGAGCGGGGCGACGGCGUGAGCACGUUCCAGCUCUCAGUAGCUCUGGACGGGUUCUUCCGACCGAAAGAACUCGCGGCGUGCCUCCAGAGCGUCGUCGAGGCAAAUAAAGAAGCGCCGAUUUGGCGCCCCGAUCUAUCAAAGAGCGCGCCGCACCUCGAGGAAGUCUACAAGCGCAUUCUAAAGCUCGACGAGUGCGUCGGCGAGACGCUUACCGUAGAAGGCGGGACGCGGCACCGGUGGCACUGGCCCAUCGACCUCAAGAAGCUCCAAUCGCAUUACCCCUCCAUCGGCGAGGUAUUGCGGCACGUGCAGUUUUUGCGCGUCCGAGUGUUCCGACCGGGCACAGACGAUCAACUCUGGACGCACGGCGUCGGUUAUGACCGCUUCGAGUGCGCCUUCGAGACCUGUGAUGGUCACGUACGAAGUCAGGAAGGCUUCGUCGUGCCACCGUUAACCGAGUUCGGAGGCGAAACGAGUGUGGACAUCACGAUCCAAGUCAAGCUGCGACUGUGGCUCGGUGUUAUAUCAUUACCGGAGCUCAAGCUGCGGCUCGACCACGCGUCGGACGGCGACGACGUCCACUGGACUUUUACAAUGACGAGUAUAGGAGAGCAAACGUGGGGCGAGUACCUCCUGAGCGCCGUCUUACCGUUUCCAGCCCUCCGUAGGUUACUCCUCGAAACGUGGUGCCUUAAGAUGGAUUUUGUGGAAGAAGGCUUGCGGGAGCGCCUGCGCAUGGACCUGCCGCGGAUAGGGGGGUGCCUGGUGCGCAUCGCAAGGACGUUCAUUCGGGAAAAGCUCGGGUCGGCGCUGCGGCUCGUGGCGGACGUCCUGGGGGCGCUCGACGCGGACCUGGCGCUGAUCCGCGGCGAGUCGGAGGCGCUGCCGCCGCCGCCGCGUCGAUAGCGUGUUGUGUGUUGUUUGUUUGGUCCGCGGUGGUCCGGACGUGACUUAUCUAUCACUAAGUGUAAAUUCGAAAGUCUACAA